AUGGCCGCAGUCCCUCCCCCCGGCCCCCCUCCCCCUUGCCUUUGUCCCACUGCGCCCCCCAGUGAAGUCGCCCCCGCUGCGCCGCAGGGCCUGGACACCCUGCUCGUCGUCAUCCGCCAGUACAAGGCCGUUCACGAUCUGGUCAAGCACAACAAGGCCGCCCUGGAGCUGCUACGCGAGAGUGUGGACCUCCUGGAGUCCUGUCUGAUGGGCGCGGCGCGCGGGCGGCUGCCGAUCGGCGCCGAGUGUCUCGAGGGCCUCGAGCCGAUCCUGUGGGAGUGCGUGGAACUGGUGCGGCGCCACACGCGCGCGGACGGCGGCUCCCUGAUGAACCGGAUGCGGGAGUACCUGAGGGCGGCGCUGGGCUCGGCCACCGUGGCGGGGGAGGUGGAGGGUUUAUUGAAACGUCUGCACAGGCACUCGCACCAUCUGCGCGGCGCGCUUGGGCUUGAGAAUCUCGCCCAGAUGAGCGAGAUGCCCACUCGGCUGCCAGAGGCGAUGGUGCAGAAGGACGAGCGGCACAAGCAGUUCUUCUUCCAGCAGGAGUUGGCCCAGGCGGGGGGGGCCCAAUCGGCGGGGAUGGAGGGGAUGGUGGCCGGCGCGUCCGCGGCGAGGGCGGGGUGGGCGGUGCGAGGGGAGGAGAUCGAGUGGGACGCCUGCGAGGCGCGGCGGCAGAAAGUAGGGGAGGGGGGCAUGGGGGCGCUCUACAAAGCCAGAUGGAAGGAGCAGGACGUGGCCGUGCGAGUGCUGCCAGAGGGGGACGUGAUGGAGGAGCCGGAGGUGGCCGCCGAGUUCUUCGGCGACGUGGAUUUUUUCACGAAGUUGUCGCACAAGAACGUGGCGCGGCUGCACGGCGUGCGCGCCAGCCAGCCCUACCUGAUGGUCAUGGAGCUGGCGGCCUGCGGCAACCUGCACUCGCUGCACCACGGCGACCACGCGCCGUGCCUGUCAUGGCUUGCGCGGGCGGAGAUGCUGAUGGACGGCGCGCGGGGGCUGGCGCACCUCCACUCCCUCCGCCUCUCCCAUAAAAACCUCAAAUCAGAGGACAUGCUGGUCUUCCCGGACAGGGCCUCGAUCAGCGGCUACGCUAUCAAGGUCUCAGACUUCGGCAUGGCCACCACGAAGACCAAGACGCGCCAACUGACCCGAUUCGCCGGCGCCGCGAACGGCGGCCAGCCGCUGCCACCCCCCGAGUACUGCGAGGGCUUCACCCACGGGCUGAAGUCCGACAUCUUUUCGUUCGGCGUUGUUAUGUACGAGCUGGCGGGCAGGCGGCCGCCCACAUCCACCAGGUACCGCCGGCGCAGCGUGGACGUGGACGACGCCCUGUCGCUGGAGAGGUACUUCCGGGUGCCGCCGGAGUGCCCCGGGCGGCUGAGGGCGCUCAUGGCGAGGUGCUGCGUGACCAACCCCUACGACCGGCCGGGCAUGGGGGAGGUGGCGCGGGAGCUGGAGGGGUUGGUGGGGAGCCUAGCCACCAAGGCCGUCGAGGACUGA